UAUAUAUAUAAAGGUGGGUGAGUGGGGCUUUGGCAUUGCCAUGGAGUAUUUUGGUGGCAGUGAUAUAGCAACUAAGUAGUAGCUGGUUAAGUGAUGGGUAGGCAACCUUGUUGUGACAAGCUUGGAGUGAAGAAAGGGCCUUGGACAGCUGAGGAAGACAAGAAAUUAGUCAAUUUUAUUCUCACACACGGCCAAUGUUGCUGGCGUGCUGUCCCCAAGCUCGCCGGACUCCGCCGCUGCGGCAAGAGCUGCCGUCUCCGCUGGACUAAUUACCUCCGCCCUGACUUGAAGAGAGGUCUUCUUAAUGAAGCUGAAGAGCAACUAGUAAUCGAUCUUCAUGCUCGUCUAGGCAAUAGGUGGUCCAAGAUUGCUGCAAGAUUGCCUGGAAGAACGGAUAAUGAGAUCAAGAAUCACUGGAAUACCCACAUCAAGAAAAAGCUCAUUAAAAUGGGAAUCGAUCCAGUUACACAUGAGCCUCUCAAUAAACAAGUCAAUCCACAAGAACUUGUACCUUAUGAUCAUCACAGUUCUAAUAACUCUCAUGACCAUCGAGAUCAAAAGCUACCAAAAACUAAUAACUGUGACCAUUCCUCCUCCAGUGACAACUCUAGUACCCCACCUGAAAACUGCUCCAUAGACGAAUGCAGGUCAACGAAUCCUAACAGCGAUGAUGAUCCUUUGAUGAAUUAUAUUUUAUCGGAGACAUUUCUUGAAGAUUCAACGUGGAACUUUCCCAUGACUAGAGAAGAAUAUUGUGAAUUCGGAAAGUCUUCUUCGUCAGAAGGUAACUCUCCAUGGCUUUUAGACCUCAAGAAUAUUGAAGACGAUCACCACUUUGGAUUUCUUGACUGUUUUAGUGAAAUGGACUUGAAGAUGCUAGACCUUUGAUGACAAGCAAUCGCAAGGGAGCUAGCAUUAUCGCAGGAAUUCAGAAAUUAGAAACUCCAGCUUCUUGAGUUUCAAUUAUCUUGUUUUCAAUUUAUUUUUGGAGUAAUGCUAUACACACCAUCCAACAAAGUAAAUAUCGCCUCUAUUUAGGUAUCAUAUUUAUUGGCAUAAGUUCGUGCUUCAUAGAUGAGUAUGAGCCAAUACGAAUAGUAUUAUAACAUAAAUAUUUGGUGGGAAAUUAAGAUGGUUUAAAAUUCUGAUAUGAUACAUAGCACUUCCAAACAUUCAAAUCUUGAAAAGAAUAAGAGAAAAACAAAGUACAAUGACUACAAGUGCCUCCAAAUAAUUUCAGUUGGCUAGUGUUUUUCUAGGAAAAUGUUUAAGAUUAAAGAUGGUUGCUUAGGAGGGGGUUGGUGAGAAGGGAUAUUCCAUGUAGCCCAAAUUGUGAAGAUACGUAUCUCUUUUCUUAUCCUCACAACCUUUUUCCAAUUAGCCCAAGUCGUUUAAGAUACUGAAGAAAUAAAGACUAUAGCUUUAUCCUAUGAUUGGCUGUAUAAAUUACAGAUUAUGUUCCUGAUCUUUAGUUAGCAUGUAUGAAUAUCACCCCACUCUGAAUUAAAAGAGUUGUGUGGUUGAAGGCUUUGAACCAGAGAAAUCUGUCCGUCCGUAAUUAUGCAUAAUCUCAAGAAUCGGAAAGCUGAUUUGACAUUGUAUAUAAAGAAUAAUAUUUUCUCUUUA